GAGGAGUUUUCCAUCAACCCGAUGUGCUUGUGGGAUAGGGAUCUCUGGCUUAUGCGGUGCCCACUGAUAUACAACUGGGCGGUUGAGUUUCAUUUGCCACAUCGCGUGUUUCGUCAGUUUGGUCUGUUCCAGCCUCACCCGCCGGAAUGGGUGGAUACGGACAAAGCACUUCAUAGGUUGGACAGGAGAAGGCAGCGGAAGAUAAAGGACUGGGACAAGCGUCAUGCUUCGUAUGUUACCCGCUUCCAUCUUUGUGUGGAGCAAGCUCGUAGCAGUGCACGCGCCCAGCUUCGUGAGCAUAACUCACUUGCUUUUGAUAACUACAUACGAUGGCUUCUUGAAAUACUCGAGUUGAGAUAUGCCCGCCGGCAUACAAUGAGGAUAUUCUUGAAGAACCCGUAAACUUUGAGGAUCUAUCAAAGGGGAAGUACAACAGAGAUGUCAGGGAAGGGCAAGGAGU